AGUUUUUAUUGAAGAAGAAGAAUCUAAUAUGAGUUAACUAGGGUACCUUUAAAACAAUAUUUUUUAACUUAAAGAAAACAUUUCCCGGGCAUUUAUAAAAUCAAUAAAUAAUAUCAUUCGUUAAACGGAACACGCAACGGCUAAGUGCAACCCAGUGGCAGUCACUAUAAAUUCAGAGUCCCUAUUUUCGUUUUGGGAUUAUGGUGGAAGAUAAAGUGGAAAUGAACGACACCGAAAAUUACGGUAGUGCGAGUGAUCCGAAAAACGUGCAUGAAUUAACUCAAUAUGUACAAAGUCUACUCCAAAAUAUUCAGGAUAAAUUUCAAAACAUGUCCGAUCAAAUAUUAACUCGAAUCGAUGAAAUGGGAGCACGAAUAGACGACUUGGAAAAGAACAUUGGUGAUUUAAUGACACAAGCAGGUGUAGAAGACAAGUAAUGAAAGUGUGGUACCCAAUCAUCAAGCUUCAAAAAGCAUGUCAUAUUUAUUAAGUAGUAUCAAGUGUCAGUUAGAGUUUAAAUAAUAGUCACAUUCUAUAAGCAGCAAUAACCAUGGUAUAAAUACAAUAUCAUCUUUUGUAUUUCUGUUUCCAUUAAACUGAGAAGUGUAUUUUUUCACAAACAAUUUCCUAAUAAAAAUAUGACAUCAC